AUGGCGCGCUCGAAGCAGGCCACCCCCAUCCGUCGGCAGACAUCCUCCGAGUACUUUAGCAAAGCGGACACCCUCAAGCGGACGCCCAGCCACGGCAAUGGAGCCGUGACGCCGGUGACUACGAAGGUGGCCAACGGCAAGGUUGCUACACCUGCGCCUGUGCCUGUUGAGGCCAAGGAGGCCGGCGCACUUCAGAUCUUGAUUGCCGUGGGCGGUAUCUACGCCUCCUUUCUGACAUGGGCCUACCUCCAAGAGAAGCUCACGACGACGCCCUACGGGCCGACGUCCAAGCCCGAGGUCUUCAAGUACCCCGUCUUCCUCAACACGAUCCAGUCCCUCUUCGCCGCGACGACAGGCCUUCUCUACCUCUGGUUCUCCUCCCGCAACGCCGCCUCCCUCCCGCCCGUCUUCCCCUCGCGCGGCAUCGUCAUGCCCCUCGCCCUCGUCGCCGUCACCUCCUCCCUCGCCUCGCCCUUUGGCUACGCCUCCCUGGCGCACAUUGACUACAUCACCUUCCUCCUGGCCAAGUCCUGCAAGCUGGUCCCCGUCAUGCUCCUCCACACCACGCUGUUCGGCAAGCGCUACCCGCUGUACAAGUACCUCGUCGUCGCGGGCGUCACGGCCGGCGUCGCCGUCUUCACGCUGCACUCGGGCAGCAAGAAGAAGAAGUCCGUCGUCAACCCGGACGCCAAUAUGCCCUGGGGUAUGCUCCUGCUGAGCAUCAACCUGCUCUUUGACGGCCUCACCAAUAGCACCCAGGACUACAUCUUUACGACGUUCAAGGGGUAUACCGGACCGCAGAUGAUGUGCGCCAACAACCUCAUGAGCACGGCUGUGACGCUGGGCUACCUCGUGCUCAGCCCCUGGCUCGUUCACACUGGCCUGGGCGAGUACCUCGGCAUGGACGUCGCCGGCAGCGCGGGCGAGCUGACGGCCGCCUUGGGAUUCAUGGCUCGGUACCCCGCCGUUUGGUGGGAUGUGCUGGGCUUUGCGGCGUGCGGCGCCGUCGGCCAGGUCUUUAUCUUCUACACCCUGUCGACCUUCUCCUCGGUCCUCCUCGUUACCGUCACCGUCACCCGCAAGAUGGUCACCAUGGCCCUCUCCGUCUUCGCCUUUGGUCACAGCCUCACGGGCAUGCAGUGGGCCGGCGUCUCCCUCGUCUUUGGUGCCAUUGGCGCCGAGGCCCAGAUCGCGACCAAGGAGAAGAGGGCCAAGGAGGCUGCGAAGCGCGCGGCGGCUGCUGGGAAGACGCAGUAA